GUGUACAGUCAGGGUAAAUACGCAGUACCGCAAUGCCUCAUGUACAAGUUCGUGGCCACUGUGGGGUUUUUACACAGCACUUUUAUUUGCCUGUGUUUUGGGACCCCUUGUCAAGGGACUGUCUUCGUCCCAGAGUCGUCCCAGAGUAACAUUGGAGGAAUCUUUGAAAGACACUGGCAUCUGGGACAUUACCCAUUCCCUUUGCAAUCCGACACCUUCUGUUCGGAAGCAAGUGAGCAGGCAUAGGCACGGGCUUGGGCGCUUCCUGCCUCCCUGUGGCUCGCUGUGGCAUCGCAGGCAGUUGCAUUAAACUACGGCCAGUGAGACCGCGCCUUCCUCACGCGUUGCGCGUUGGCCCCACGGAGAUUCGUACCGGGUGUCGUACACGACCACUCCUCACUCCUCACUGUCAACUCUCUGAUCAUAUUGCCCCCUACACCCCGCAAGAUGGUCAUCAUCAAAGAGCUCGGCCUCGAGGCCGAGAUCACAGUCAAUGGCUCCACAGCUGCCGAGUACCCAGACCCAGAGCCUGAGGACAUCCCUUAUGGCCAGACCACCAAGGCUUGUCAUCGCUAUGUGGAGUCCGUUGACAACGCCGAAUUCGCCAUCCGCGUUGGUAUCAUCCCAGGGAACAAUCCUGUGCGGGAGUGGACUGGUCGCUCGCGAGACCAUAGACUGCUCUUUUCUGUGGCCUUCGACGGCGGACAUGCAGUAAGGUCAAAAACGAUAUGGCAAUACACAACCCCAACGGCCAUGGAAGGCAUCAGUGAUCAUGCAAAGGGAACCUUACGCAAGUUUCGCUUUGCACCUGUGUCCACCGUUGAUGAUGUGAACAAGGAACGUAUCACCAGGGAUAUGCACGUCGCUCGGGAUUUAGGCCUCAUUCGAAUCUGUAUCUUUCGCGGGAUUUGGAAGCAGAAAUCAGCACGCAAGGCUGGCUCAGGCCGUAGUACGAAACUCGGAACAGACGGCAUUUCUCUCGCUGAGAAAGCUCUCAAGGGCAAAGCAAUUUCCCAUGGGACAGCUUUGUCCGCUCCGGUUCGGAUAGCACCCAGACACAGUUCCCGCUGGGAGGUUGACUGGCGGGAUUCGACGGCCUCUCCGCUUGCCGUCUUCUACUUCAAGUAUCGCUCGAAAGAAUCCCUCCAGCAGGAGCUUAUAAUCGAACGCCCAAGGAGCCCUACCAUGGAGUCUGAUCUGGUAAACCUCUCGCCGGAAGAGAUCCGCCGGCUGGCACUCGAGAGACUGUCACAGAUGAAAGACUCCAGGAAACGGGAUGCGUCCGUCAAGGACGAAGACGAUACUAAAGUCUUCAGAUCUGAGAAACGCUUCAAGUACGUCAGGAUCGAGGGAGGAAAGAAGGCAAUCGAUUUGACCCAAGAUGAUUGAGGGCGACUACGCUUUUUGCAGUGCGGCUGUGCAAUGGCCAAAUACUUCCAGUAGUGAUACCCUGUUUGCUUACAUUUCACUCUGCUUGUGCCAACGCCAUGACUUGUUAGUUUCUGUGGAACAAGAGAUCAUAAUGGGCUUCUAAAGUUACUGGCUUUUAUGUAGGUUGGUGUAUGUUCAGUGCUAUGAGUAAGAAGGAAUCAACGGCAG